UACGAUUAUCUUGAUUCUUUUCUUAAUUCGCAGCACUCUCUAAUAUUUACGACAACGUAACCAUGAAUAACGUUCAAGAUCCAUCCCAACUUUGUGCUAAAGGUUGUGGAUUCUUCGCAAGCCCGUCACUUCGAAACAUGUGUUCUUCAUGUUACCGUGAUUACCUUAAGGAAACUCUUCUCAAGAUGGAGCGUAAAUCAUCCCAUAACGACAGCAAGCAGCAAAGUGAUGUUGAUUCCAGUGACAAGAAAGAUGCAAAUAGUACUACUACUACUAGUACGUGUACACGGUGUGACUUAUGCAAGAGACGGGUUGGAUUAAUGGGGUUCAAGUGCCGGUGUGGCGGCAUCUAUUGUGGGUCGCACCGCUACGCCAAGGAGCACUCUUGUGCCAUCGAUAACAUUCGCAAGGCGCUUCAACGUGAGGCUCUCUCCAAACAGUUGAACGCUUCUACGUGCAAGGCUGACAAACUUAACUGCAGGAUUUGAACUCCAAUCAAUGGAGUUUAG